CCCCCCCCCCUUCUCUCUCUCUCUCUCUGCAAUGGAAGAAAGGAAAAUGGCUCUUAGAUCUCUCGACAACGCUCUCCCAACGACGCCCGAAAGGCCGAAGAAGGUAGCAAAGGUCACGCCGUCCCCCAUCCGAAAUCCUCCUGAUUCCGGUGUGAACGACGAAAACGCGGCGCCGACGACCGUUGUGGACCCCACCCCUGAUUACAUCACUUCCAAGGAUCUCAAGCCCCUUCCGGACCCAGAAGCAAAAAUCCAAGGUUUAUUGGACGGGUUAGAUUCAAAGGAUUGGGUGAAGGUGUGCAAGGCACUAAAUGAUGCACGCCGAUUGGCUCUUUACCACUCCUCUCUUCUGCUCCCCAUUAUGGAUAAAGUUAUGUUGGUGAUGGUGAAAGCUAUGAAGAACCCAAGGAGUUCAUUAUGCAAGACAUCCAUUAUGGCUUCUACUGAUAUUUUCCAAGCCUUCGGCCAUCUCUUACUUUCUUCAUCGCCUGAUGCUUUUGAUCAUUUGCUACUGCAGCUCUUGCUGAAGGCAUCUCAAGACAAGAAGUUUGUGUGUGAAGAAGCUGAGAAGGCACUCCAGGCAAUGACUGCCUUUGUGCCGCCACUUCCCUUGCUCCAAAAGCUCCAGACCUAUGUUAGCCACACCAACCUUAAAGUAAGGGCCAAAGCUGCUGUUUCCAUCUCCAACUGUGUCUCCAAUAUGGCCCUUCAAGGGAUGAAAGAAUUCGGAUUCCUUCCGCUGAUUCGAAUGGCGGCAGACUUGCUGAAUGACAGGCUGCCUGAGGCUCGGGAAUCUGCUCGAAGCAUCGCAAAUUCAGUCUAUGAGGUGUUUGAAGCAGACGAUGAAAGGAAAACGAGCGAAAUGUCAUCUCUUGAGUCGUGGCAGAGCCUGUGCUUGUCUGGUUUGCCACCCAUUUCGGCACAAGCAAUGGUUAAAAUAGUUCCCCAGUAGUGAUAGUUUUUUUUUUUUUAAAAGAUGUUCUCUCUCUAAGGUUGUUUGGGAGUGGUUUUUUACUCAUGUAAAAUUCUAUUUUACAUGGGGCACAAAACAUGAUGAAUGUG